GCUCAGCACAUGCACAUGGCACAUCGAUUGAUUGGAAUGAAAAUUUUGAAAUUUACGGAGAAGGCUUUCUAUGAACAAAUCGUGCUUCAAUCUGCAAAGAGCUCAAGAUUUCUGAGGUCGUUAACUAAGGGAAUCCACACAGAGUUUCUAAAUGAACCAACGAAAAGUUUCCACAGUUUUUACCUUGCGCUAUUUCGACAGGAGAAUUCUGAUUUUGAAAAUGAGUUUAUAGAAGAGAACAUUUUGGAGGUACUGUUUGUGCAGUAUUUACCAGAAUCUAACUGUGGAUUUGUUAGGUUUUUAUGCCUGAAAUAUGGAGGAAGUCAAAGUGAAAACAACAGCUUAAAUUUUGAUUGGGGAAAAAGGUUGAUUGAAGAGGCAGAAAGUAAUUUAAACAAGGUGAGUAAGCUUAAGCUUAUAUAAAAAUACAUUAACAGGCAUAUAUUGCUAUUCUGAGGUAAGUUUAAGCAUUCCAAUGAGUAACCUUUUUCUGUGUUUACGAUGAAAAACUAAUUAUAUAAACUUAAGAUGGAGAAUUCAAGACAGUUAAUGGAACCCAAGUUGAUUUCUGGGGUCUGUAUAACUUUUGAGAAUUCUCCCAACCCCUUCUUUGUGAAAUUUUCUGGUCACAGCAGACAGUAUCCAAGAGAAGUUUCUAAGUUCGAUUUUAAUGUUUAGUGAACACAAGUUUUUACAAGGUCUUCACGCAAUCACAACCUAAAGUUAAUCUUCUGUUCAUAUUGCAGACUGUCGAACCUUCUCAGUAUGUAAAAUCUGGAUAUUUUUUUUAAAAAGACGUUGUUUGGCAUCGUUGUUUGGCAUCGUUGUUGAGACGUAUGUGAAGUUUUUUUAUGUGUAUAAUGUAAUGACAUAAUGGUGACUUAGUUGAAACAUACAAUGGGAAAUUAACCACGCUACUUGAUAAUCAUUCUCCUGUCAGAAAUAAGAUUGUAACCUUGCGUCCAAAGUCUCCCUGGUUCACCCCCAAGAUCAAGAAACAGAAACCAAAAUGGAGAAGACUAGAAUGCCAUUGUGUGGUUCCAGAAAAUAUCCAUACCCCCCCCACGGAUGGUUAAUGGAAAUUCCUAGGGGGUGGGGGGACUAAAGGGUAGAAUUUUCCGAGGGGUACAGGGGGUGCCCACGAGAAUAAUUUUCCACAGGGUUGUAAAAGACGCAAUCGAUCAUACGAGACAUACUUUAUAAGUAUAUGUGGAUUAUUUUGAUUUGUAGCACAACAAAAAAUAGAAGUAGAUGCCCUUUCGAGAAAAAAAACUUCAAGAUGUUUGUCUCAAACGUCUAUUGUCUUCUUUGCUGGGAGUUCGCUCUCAUCUCCGCUCUAACGAUUUGUCCACAUGCUCUAGCGAUUUGUUCUAACGCUCUAACGGAUUGCUCUUACGAUCUAAUGAUUUAUUCUAAACAGCUAACGGUAGGUCCGUCCAACGUUUGACUUUGACGAAGUCUUUAAAUAAAUAUCGUCCUUCGGGCAAAUCGAUCGCAAUUCUCAACAGGUUACUUCUCCAGGAAUAAAUGCUAGCGCAUCGAUUAAUAAUAAUUUCUUUAUGUCGAACAUGUAUCUACAUUGUGGACUCGACUGCAGAUAGUCUGAAAAAAACUUACGCUAAUCGAGAACAAACGUCGUCUAACUUAGCCUCCCCGCAGACGUCCUUUGGGGUUCGUUUGUCACGCAUUCAUUUCUGGGGGGAGAAAUGAAUGCGUGACAAACGAACCCCAAAGGACGUCUGCGGGGAGGCUAUGUCUAACUCGGCGAUAUAUGUCUCGAGCUUUGUGUAAACAACUUUAUGCAAAUUUCUGUUGACUUUCAGUGAGCUCGUCGCGACAAAGCGUUGCGUGACGACCCAAAUGAGACCUUUGCUGUAUUUUAUUAUUGACUUCUAAUAGAGUACCGUUGAAGGCAAGCUGUUUGUCCAACAGACCUUUCGCCAAAUCAACUUUUGCCCAAAAAUAAUAACGAUCUGUUCCUUCUUUGUGGAGAAGACUUUCGAUCAUGUGCUAGGCAACGAAAUAGAUCAUGUUUCACUGAUGUUCAUUUCUGAACAUGAAUCGAUGCAAAUAUGGGACGCAAAAUGAAUGUUUGCAUAUUUUGUUCUUUUAUAACCCAAAUAGGUUUUUUUGUAAUUCCUGAGAUUUGUUUAACUGCAAGUGUAAUUCAUUCAAAGUUAAACUUAAUUACAAACAUCGAGAGAUCGCCUUUGUGGUGACUUUAGGACCCGAGGCUGAACAAAUGAUAAACUUUGUUGUAAGUUAGUUUUCUAGUAGAUCCGUUUUGAAAUUCGAAUUUCUUCACAUAGUUUAAUGUUAAAUCAAUAGUUAACUGUGAAGUUAUGCCGGAAAUGUUGCAUUUGAGAUGAAACUGUCUUAGACAAGACAUGUACAUAGUGAAACUUAAUUUAUUACAGUACCAGACAUCAACUUUGUUUCUGACUUUGUCUGUAGGUAGAUUCGUUUUGAAAUUUGAAAAUGUUCACAUAGUUUUUUUUCAAUGAAUAAUUCAAAUUUAAAGUUAUGUUUUAAAUGUUUUCUUGAGAUGACAUAAACUUAUUAAUCUCUGUUCUGCCUCGCGCGUUUUGCUGGAAGGACUAAUUAAAAAAGAGAGACCGCUCAUAGUCUAUCAAGCGUGCUCUACCUACGUAAGAAAUACAUAUUGUCUUGUAAAAGAUUACAAAUAGGUCAAAGAUUAUAAAAAAAAAUGUGUCUCAAGAUGAGAACAGUUAAUUUUAAGCGGUACACAGUCGAUUAUCUCUAAAUAUGGCAAAUUAAGACCAUGAAAAGGAAAAUAGGAAAUUCCUGGGGGGUGGGGGGGUUAUACAUGACCCCUCUGGAACGGAAAUUCCAAGAGGGUGGGGGGGUCUAAUCGGAAGAAUCAUCCGUGGGGGGGUAUGGAUAUAUUCUGGAACCACACAUUGGCAGAAAACAAGACUAACUGUGGACAGGGAAAUUUACGCGCAACAAUGUGCAGUAGUUUAUAGGCUUAUCUGUAUGUCCAAAGCAAGUUAUUAUACAGAUCUUAUUAGUGAACUUGUAUCCAAGCUAAGUGAAUUGUUUGGUACCGUGGACACCUUACUGAAAGGUAGGACUGAAAAGCGUUGCGUGCCCUGUGAUUCCUGUGAAUAUCUCGCGAAGAAAGUCACUGAUUACUUUGAAUGGAAGAUAAGUACAAUUGGAGUAAAUCUUGAUCUCAGAAGAUCAAUAUUACAAGACCCUUUCCCAGAUGCAUGUUUUGAACAUUGCAAUGUUUUGGCUUAAUAAUGUUCACACGUAUUGCGUGCCUAUUGCAACUUUGAAUCAAGACAAGCACUCUCCACUACUCAAUUUAGGCGACACCCAAACAAUAACCAACUAGGGGGUCUUUAAAUAGGGCAUGCUCACCCGAAAGUUUAGAAAUCUUGAUACUCUGAAUCACCAUUUCUAGCAUUCUGAGAUGACAAUUUCUGUCUAAAAUGUUCGAUAAAUCAAUUGUCUUUUUUAUGCCUAUUUUCAGUCGUAGGUACAUUACUCAGUGUUAUUGAACAUAUAUUUUAUGUGGUUUUUAAAGUUUUCUGCACACCAGUUUCAGUUUAGUUUACUCUGAGAAAUUCUUAUGAUAAGAAUUUAUUAUUAUAAGAAUUUAUUUGAAAAGAUCAGAACAGAUGUCAAAAUCAGGAUUUUUCUAAUUCCGAUCGCACAUUGGUCAGGAUUCAGGAUCUUCAAGGAAAAUCAGGAGAAUCCCGCCGAGAUCGGGAAGGUUGGACAGUCUGAUAUUGUCCUUCAAAAUAGAAUAAUAGAAAUUUGAGGUUUUGCUGAUCAACAGCAUUAGCAGGGAUAAGGAAAUAUACUGCAUGGAGCUACAUAUACAAAAAAUUGGUAUUAGGUAAAGUUUGUGAAAAGUGUAAAAGUAGGGUAAAGUAUUAGAGAUUUGAAAAUAAAAAUUUUUAAUAAAGAACAACAAUCUAAUGAGCAAGUGUCACAGGACAAAGAGUCUUUCAAAACACGUAACACUCCUACGACACUCACUCAUUAGAUCACUAUAUUUUAUUCAAUAUAUUUUUUAAAAACCUUUCAUUAAAAGGCCUUAUUAGAACAAUAUUUUAAUCCGAAAGCUAAUAAAAAGAAUAUCACUUCGGGUUGAAAGCUUAUUGGGAGUGCAUUCCUGUCAUUGUCACAUGUUUUCAUAGUCAACGGUCACACGAUUGCGUGAUGUGUACCCAAUUCCCAACACCCUUGAGUGCUUCUAUCAGGCUUUGCAAAUACAGCAAAUUGUUUUCUAUUGUUUUAAUAGAAUAGCAAGUAUGGUUAGAAUUUAGUGGAUGCUGUGUUGGGUGGGGUGGGGGGAAGUGGCAAUAUUGCUUUGGCAUAGGUUAGUGGAAGUUUAUUUAUAAAUAGCUGCCCCUUUUUUUAUUUCAAAUCCUUGAACACUAUAGUGAUUGUCAAUUUCUCAGUUACUAUAAUUAAAAGGGAAGACUAUACCCUAUGUGGGACACCUGCUUCCAGAGGUUUAUUGGUAGUUGAUAGAGAGUUGAGCUUUGAUUCAUGUAUACAUCAAACAGCAAAUGCAAAUUUUUACCACAUGACCAAGUUUCUCCUUUAAUUGUUACUUACUGUUCAUUAUUUCUACACAUAAAUUAAACGUUUCAUGCAAUUUUUUAUCCAUAAGAAUUGUUUCUGCUGUUUUUAUCUGGUCUGCAUUUUCUGUCUUGAGAAAUUCUCAACUAAUGAAUCAGACGUUUGGCGUGUAUGUGAACCUAAAAGUCUCUAAUAUGUGCAAGUAAAGAAAUGAUAAGAAAAAAUGAAUGAAUCUUAAUAUAAAUUAUUUCUCAUCAGGAGGCACAAAGGAAUGGAUUUCAGAGAGUCCAUGAAAUAUUUUACCACAUUGCUACAGCUUUCAGUCCUACAACUAGCUGUUACUCCGAUUGUUUGUACAACAUAGGAUUUAGAAUGGUGGAAACAGCAAAUGUCAGCUGGGAAAAGUUAAAGCCAAACAACUUCAGCCAUCUUCUUGUAUACAGACCUCAUCUGGUUCCAGAUUUUUCAGAUGAGAAUGGAACUCUGCAUGAUGAAAUUAAAACAAGCAAUGUUGUGAAAUUCUUAAAAGAAUUUUUAAAUGAGUAUAUGGAGAGUGCAGAACUAGAUGCAAAUAAAGUUGAAGAAUGGCUUGGGUUAAUUACAAGACUUGAGAACGGAACUAGUGAAGUCUUUGUCAGGUCAGCAUUCCCUUGGCAUGGUAUGUGAUACAUUUCAAAAUUUGGUCAUCUUAUUUUGAUUAAUAUGUAAGUACAGGGAACUGUAUAAUGCCACUCUCCCGGAUUAUCCAGGAGUCUCCAGGAUAUGGCACCAAUCUCCCUGUCUCCUUUAUGGGCCACCAAACCUCCCCAACAAAUUCCUUUUUUUUUUUCAAAAAAAAAUUUUGUUUCAUAGUAAGAUUUCUGGGGCAUUUUUGCACAUAUAGAUUUCAUAUUUCAUCACUUACAGAGAUUGUUUGGACUUGAGAAUCAUAAAAGUCAAUUUUGAUGAUUCAUACUUUACGUAAGACUUCAUAUAAUAUCCUUAGCCGAACCAACAGGCCACUUCCACACUUCCGAGUUCCAAAACCCCUCACUUUCAAAAUGAGGCCAAAUGCACAAUAUUAUUUGCAUGAGAAUGAAAAGUCAUUUCCAUAUCAAGGGCUGAGCACUUAACCUCGUUUUGAAACAGGCGCCUUGCAGAACUCGGAAAUGGCCUAUUUUGUAGUAUGAGAACAAGGGCAAUUUGUGUUCAUCUGGGAGGGAAGGGGUGUUAAUUCAAAAGAGAGUAUACAGAUCUAAGAUGUCUAGGGGGUGGCAUUCCUGGAACCUGUGUAUGAAGAGGUGACCCACACAGGUCAGAGGAGGGGUAGGUAGGUUCUUUUGCCUACAUGUAACUGCACCCUCCCCCUGAAGAAAGGGAAACAGCAGAGGAGGGUGUGGCUAAACACAGGUGAUACUUUUGUCGAUGGGAUAGGUGAACGGGUUUUUUUUCUUUUUUGUAUGUAUAACAAGCAAAAGUGAACAAUAGCAACAAAAUGAAUGAAAAAUGCACUAAACAGUGGGCCAAACAAUGGUUCACAGCAGCUCAGAAGUUAAAGAUACAAUGAACAACAGCUACAUAAAUCAGGAUGCUAAAAGAUGGUGAUUAACACAGCUUUUAACUUACUGGAAUCCUUCAUCAUUGAUCACUCCAACCACAUUGUCUGCUGGAGUUCAUUCUAAGUUUUGACUGAAGUAUGGAUGAAAGUCCUAUUGGUGGAGUGGGUUCUUGACAUUGGUACAGAGAAUGCAUGACUCGGCAUUGACAGACUGGAUCGAGUUUAACAGUGAGACACCUAGGGUUGAGGGAGGAAAUCCUUCAAGUCAGCUGGACCUUUAUUUGUGUGCAUCUUGUAGAGUAUUGAUGCAGCUGCUACUAAGCGUUUAGUUAGACUCAUCAUAAUUAUUGUUAUCAAUAUAUUACACGUCAGUUUUCAUAGAUAGAAUGUGAAAGGGUUAACCUUUCUGUCAAAAGUAGUGUAUACCCAUGAAUGAUCUAAGAAUUGCACUAAGAGCCUGUUUGAAGCUAUCAUUUCCAAUUUUUAUUGUGAGUUGCUGUAAAAUUGAAGUUAAACAACCUAACGUUAUUUUUACAGGGAGUACUGCAUCGUGUCCUGAUAAUCAAGUUGCUGUUGUUGGUGGAGGAGUAGCAGGUCUUGCCGCAGCAUCGUCUCUCUCUGAAGCUGGGUUUGAAGUUGUACUUUUGGAGGCUGCUGACUAUUUUGGCGGCAGAGUAAAACAAGCACAGCCUUUCAAGGGUUUUGCACCCGUUGAUCUUGGUGGAGAAUUUAUUCAUGGAUCAGACAGCAUUAUAACCAGAAUUGCCAGAGAAAACGGUUGGCCUGUUCUACCAGUAAGGAGAUCUUUUGUUUUGAUAGAGUUUUCUUUAAACAAAAAAAGGAAAGGAAGGUGGUAACUCUGUCCUGUUUUAAGUAACAAAAUGCCAGUAGAGGAAUACCAGUAUAAAACACCACCACAGGAAACAGGCGCAGAUCUAGGAUAAAUACUGACCAAUUUCCUAAACGAGUGCUGAAGGCACAAGCUUCUAGGGGGGUCUGGGAGCAGGCUCCCCCCAGAAAAUGUUUUGGAUUUUAACUCCUUGAAGUCCACCUUUGCUGGGUUUUCUGAGUCGUUUAGACAGGAUAUUGGCCAGAUUUCAACUUGGAAAGUGUUUUUUAUUAUUAAGAAUAUAUUUGUUAUGAAAAAUCUGACCAAUUUCCCCAAAACGGUGGAAAUUGAUGUGGAUCCGUGCCUGGGAAAGUAUUGCCAUUUAAAGUAGCUUUCACAGACUUCAAAGUUAGAAGCACCUCACACAGCACGAUAAACAACACCACAUAAUAGUACUGCGUGGUAGCUCUCAUUAAUUUUGAAUGGUCACAUUUGAGAGGAUUUCUUCCACAGACUCAAAAGUCAGAACCACCAUUUUCAGCAUAAUAAACAGUGAGACAUGAAAGUAAAAAAAAAAAUUCCAAAAAAUUCUUUCCUAAGAAUAACGGGCCCCCCCCCCGGGGGCCCCUCCCUUAAAUCGGCCACUGUGUCAAGCCUAAUUUUUUUUCGAGUUCUUUUUCAACUUCUUUGGUAGUUAGUUCUAAGAUCAUUUUCAAUUUCAUUUAACUUACAGUGUUUGUUAUCUUUGCUGCAGUGCCAUGGAUGUGAUGAGCUGGAAACUGAAGACAUGAUUUACUACAAGGGCAAGUUACAUCCCUUGCUCAGUGAUCACCCAGAUAUAAGCGAGGCAUGGAAAGCCUGGGACGAAAUUAUCUUUUUAUCACAAAAAGAAACCAACAAUGAUAUUCUGCAGACCUCCAUUAGCUCAGAAAACAAGAGAGAUACUUUUCUGCAUAAAGGUGGUGUCGAGACAAGAGCUGAGAAGGAUUUUGCAGACACUAUGACAGCAGGAUGCAAAACACAAAGAGCUGGCAUAAACGAUUCAAGUAAAGGUGAAUGUGAUUCUACUUCUACAAAGGAAACUGAGUUUGAUUCUAAUUCUACAGAAAAUGUAGCAGACACUGUGGCAACGGAGCACAAAACACAAGAUGGAGACAUGAGUAUUCUGGAGUGGUUGAAGAGGAGAGAAUGCGGUGAGGGUGUGAUUGGGGUGUUUGAAGCCAUUUACUGUCAGACUGUUGCUGCGGCACCCAGUCAAAUGGGACUACUGGAGUCCUCCCGUGAAGAAAAUGCUUGGGAUUAUGGGUCUGGUAACUACAGGUUAGUUAGACUCCUUGUAGACUGCGAUCGCACAGGGGGCUCUCAAGUCGCAAUAGAUUUAAGAAAUUUAGGGGGCCUGGGACAGUCGGAUAUUUCGAAAAUCCUAGGAAGAUCCGAUAGCUUACCGAGUAUAAUACAGAGAUACCGAGCGGUUUCCGAAGAUUUCUCGGUCCCAAGUCUCGUACUGGCCUGCAAAAUUCAAAUGGUGGCCAAAAGAAAAUACACUCACGCAACGAUAAAACUAAGUAAUCUUUAUUCACUUAUUAUAAUGAUUUAAUCGGACACAAGACCACCCUGUGCGAACGCAGAUGUAUUUGCGUUUGUCACUUCCCUCUGCCCUAAAAGUUACAUUUUUUUAAGUGCCAAAGACUGAGGCUAACAUUAAUCGAUUUCUGUUUCAAGUGAAAGAAAUGCUGAGAGAUGCUGAAGACCAAGUGUAAAAGGUCGUGAAGGGACCCAUUAUUUGGAUUGACAAGCCUUAAGACCGUAACCUGCGAGAAGCCACGCGAGUGCAGCACGUGAACCGAUCUCUCGCGCGUUGUGUCGCGGCUCGCUUCGCUUGCCAUAAAUGGAGAGCUUGCUAGCAGGCUAAGUGCAAGAAAGAAGAGGAUACACGGCUAAGACUCACGCGAAGCUUCCUUUCUUGCGCCCAUAUUACUUGCAGGCGACUGCGUAAAAGACCGUUCCCCUCUCCCCCCUCCCCCCCAAAAAACCACUCAAUUUCAUAUACCAAAACUCUGACUUCUGCCAUACACAUGCCAAAAACGCCCUUCAGCUGAGGACGCCCGGCAAAUUAUAUGGCGAACGGAAUUUUCACGUUACAGAAUGUAUUAAAUUAGCCUGCGCCACUGACGAAACUAAACUCUGGUUAAGUCCGUCUGCGAAACAGCGCAGAAAACCUUGUUGUGAGCCCCCAGGAUUUACUCGGAUUAUAUUACGCGUCAUGAUUGGCUUGUUGAAAAAGUCAUUAUGGAUUUGCCAAUCAGGAUGAAAGGAAAUUUGAAACGCACUUCUAUUAAUUCGUUGAGCCCCGUUGAAAGCCAAGAUCAAGGAUGAUCCCGGCGGUGCUUCGCAGACGCUACUAACCGACGCGACGAAGGCUAAAUUAAAUCUGAUUCACACAGUUGGACUCGAUCAAGAGUCAAGAACUUUCCUGCCAUAUACACUACAUACGAGUGAAUGGGAGUUCGCAAUAAUCCUUCAUGUCCGGAAAUUGCCCCUUAAUGGCCACCAGUAACGUUGUGCUACUCCAGAUAACUAUGAGCACAGCGUUGAUUAUGGCCAAAAUGAGGUGUCUCCUCCACUGUUUUCUCCACACAGCAAAGAUCGGUCUAUUCUGAAAAUGCGUCUCAAUAGCGAUUGUCAUUCCGGAGAAAAACCACUCGAUUGAUAGUGGGACUGAUGUGGUUAUCACGAAAGAUUGUAUUAUUUGAGGACACGUUUUGUUGUUCGUGUAAAAAUAUUCAUGAAGGUGAAGAAAACCGUUCACAGAUAUAACAGCACUUGCCUCAUACAGCAUACUCAUUAUGGCGAUGUCGGUUGCAAGCCUUUCUAGGCGUGGAGAACGAAAAUGUUUCCAGGCAACUGUUUUUCUUUGGGAAAUCCUGUGAUACAGGUAAUCAAUAAAAACUACAACACUCCGCUCUAUGACUUCUGCAAGUCCAUGAAUUAUUCCAAUCAAGGUGAUUGAUUUUACGUUGACGAGGUCUACUUGCAAAAGUCUCGUCAUGACGGCAGAUCCAUAAUACGCUGGUACAAGGUAUGCAAAUGCUCUUCCUGGGUGACUUAUUCGCCACAAUCGUUGAACUGAGAAACGAGAAAUUACCUUCAAAAUAACAAAGAUAAGAGGAGUGAAUGUUGCGAUGAGGAUUUUCCCAGUUUGUUCCUGCUUGUCGUAAGCUGGAUAAAUGAAAUUAGCUACAACAAGGCCCAUAGUGAUUGGCACAGCGCAGGAAACUAUGAGCAAAAUGAAAGUUUUCAGUUUCUUUGCUCCAUUUCUCGUGGAAAAAUGUUUAGCUAUGAUCCAAGUUUGUACACAGACGUCCAAAGCAAACAAAGCUUUAUCAGGAAUUCUAAGAAGUGGUGUCCACACUGAGUAAUAAAUACCAUUUUCUUGAAGGAGUAAGCGAUAGAAGACGAAAAGGACAUAGGAGCAAUACGAAACUAAAAAUAAACUUUGCUUAACUUCCUUAAUUUGAUAUGAACGAAAGAAGAAGAGAGUGUUCAAAGUGAACCAGUUGUAGCUAAACACCCCUGUCAUCGCAGCAGAUGCGGUUUUGGACCAUUGUAUUUCUAUGGGAAUGGCAGAUUGGUUGUGGCGAGCCAGGCAAACUAGCCUUACCUGAUAGCUCAUGUAAUAACCAAAGAUAGAAACAGACCCAGUUAGAAGUGCACUUAAGAAUGAAAUCAGAAAUCCAAAGUACAGGGAUUUCAUUAUUGUUCGCUUAAGCGAUGGUCUAAACAGCUUCCAAAGCAUUGCUGUAUCUUCAAUUUCGUCAACCGUAUCUUCACUGUGCUCUGGCGAGAACGCGUGUAAAUCUGUCCGUUGAUUUACAGUCAAAUACUCAGCAUUUGAAACUUCUCUGUUACCGUACUCCUCGUAAAUAAAUUCGCCAACAGGAUGGUAAUCCCAUUCUAAAAUAAAUUCGCCAACAGGAUGGUAAUCCGAAUUCGUACUUCCAACCAAACCUGAAAGUUAAGGCGAACAGCCAGAAUAGCAGAAAAAGCUACGUUUACACUCACUGUUGUCAACUAAGUACCUGCGUAUUAGGGAAAGUUCAUUUAAUAUCAGGGGGGGAGGGGAUGAAGAAUUUCGAAGCUUGAAAUUUUAAGUCCUCGUUCAAUUUUGUCGACUUGGUAGUCGAAAUAAUUUCAGAGCCCCCCCCCCCUCCUCCUUCAAUUCCUUUGCUCCCCUGAAAAAGAAGACUGUAUUAAACACCGUUAUUGUCUUCAAUGGUUUAUAAUGACAAACUUGAGAAACAGCGUACAAUUUUCCAUUUUUGGGAUGAACCAUUGAUUCUGAGACUACAUUUGUUAUAUCUGUAAAACGUGAUAUAGCUGAGGCAUUAAAUUGUUGAGUUGAAAACCAUCCAGAAUGAUGUCAUGUGUUGGUUUUGAAGUAUACAAAAAAGCAACAAUUUUUUAGCCCCCCCUUCGGGUGUCUCACUGUUGUCAAUAUCUUCAUCCCCCCCUGUCAUAUUAAAUGAACUUUCCCUUAGCGGAGUCACUAGCUAAUUCACGGGCAGCAAAUUGCUGAUAUGGGUUCUGGCUUAAACGAAUACAGUUUACGGAGGUUAGUGCUACGUCACACUGCCUGAGCUGAUGCGAAACUGAUUUAUACAUAAUUCUCUUAGAAUGUUUUUGGGUGUGGCCGAGUUAUUAUUAUUAAUUACGUGAAAAAUGAGGUACUGUAAUAACGGAAGAAAUGCGCAUCAAUGGAAGUUUAAGCACUGCUCGAUCAUCUUUCAGCAACGCAUAAUUUUCUUUUUGCAUAUUAAUGAAAGUUCGAGAACCGCUUGAUCACCUUUCAGCAACGCAAAAUUUCACCGGCUAAUAGUAAUGAAUUAAUCUAAGAGGGUGAAGGUAAAUACUUUUUAAAAAAAAUAGUCCUCUGAGGGGACACGAGCUUACUGGCGAUGAAUAUUCUGUACUCCAGUAACCAUAAAAAAAGAAGAAAAAAAAGGAAUCUAUUUAACUGGAGGAAAAAAUGUGGCCAAUGGCGGAUUUCGAACCAUGAACCACUACGACAUCGAACCGAAACCGUGUGCUUGCAAAAUAACAGUGACGUUGUGCUGCCCUAGCACGUACUUUGUCAAAAACGUGAGACAAGUUUAGUUUCACAUGUAAGGUUGCUUCGGCGGCUACAGGAAACGUUUUACAGAUAUGGUCUAGGGACUAUUGCAAUAAGCAGGAAACCUCUUGCCAAGACUGCCAAGAUUAAGCACGCGAACCUCAUAACGGAAUCCCACUACCAUAAGUUGUUUGGAACCUAUGUAAAACUUGUGACGUUUGAAAUUGAAUGUUUACAUAUGAAAAGUGACAGUUUCGUGUUUUCAUUUUCCCACAGCGUGAUUUUCAACAUUAUAUACAACCAGCGAUUCAAAAAAUAUUCAUAAUGACUACAUUAAGCAAAUACGAAUGGAUGGAGAUGGCAAAGAAAAUCCAAAUUAUCUAUCUAAACCAAUUGGAGAAUUAUCGAAAAGUCAAAACAAAGCACGUUUUCCGUAAUAUUAUAUGUGAAAGGUCAGAUAAAUAGCUGACGUUUUUACAUGUAAACUAACCGUGUAUAUACUAGUAAUAACCAAAGGUUAGACAGGUUAAGGAGUGCGGGCGACAACGAUCGUAGGUCAGAACGCUUUUAGUCCAACGCUCUGCUUUGCGUAAGUUUCACGUGAUAGAUGAUCAAAACACGCGUGAUCAGAUUACGAGGGGUAAAAGUGAUGAAAUUGCGAUUAGUGCAUUCCAUUCAUUCUUAGUGGAAGUCCAAAAGAAUACUGAUUACAUGCAUACGACGCGUGCGUAAUAACAACCUAGAGAGUAUGAUUGCGGGCUCGUCUUGUCGCCCGCAAUAAUAUCCUCUUCAACCUUGUUAAAAAGCCUUAAGAAUGUUCAGCACAAGAAUUAAGUUCACGUUCAUGAAUUUAAUCUAUACUAUAGUUUAACGUCUCCCCACCUCUUGUAUAGAAAAUGUAUAGGGGCAGUAAAGGAGAAUUUAUACGUUGAUAUUAGGAUUUAAGCGUUAUUUACCCCAUUUUGCUUUAUUUCUUUGACUAGAAUUAUUUUCGAAAUGAGUAAUUUACUUUUAUGAUAUGAAAUUGUUUGGCUUAAGAAAAAGAAGAAGAAGAAGGAAGAAGAAUUCUUUUCUAUUCACGUAAAAACAACGAGCGCAGGUAUCGAACCCUGUCUCUUCGGCUUUGAAGGUCACGCGUUACUUCAUGUUCGAGAACAAUAGAAAAGACCUUACCAUCAUUCAUUCAUUCAUUCAUUCAUUCAUUCAUUCAUUCAUUCAUUCAUUCAUUCAUUCAGUCAGUCAGUCAGUCAGUCAGUCAGUCAGUCAGUCAGUCAGUCAGUCAGUCAUUCAUUCAUUCAUUCAUUCAUUCAUUCAAGCCGUCGAUAGCAUAAAGCCUUCUGGCCGUAAGCCAGUAAGCUCAAAAAGAAAGGAAAAAGAUUGGAAAAUAAACACUAGCUAAAGAACCGUCCUUCAAACACACUAAGAAGUAUCAAAACAACUCUAAUUUUGUAAUAGAGUAGUAAAAGAUAUUUAAAGUUACUACUGAAUUAGAAUAAUUGUAGUUAUGUAAUAGUAAUGAGGUAAUGAAUAGAUAUUUAACAAUUAUUCCUAGUGCUGGAAUGGGCUCUGAGUUCUGAGUCAAUAGCCCAUGAGGCCGAAGGCCGAAUGGGCUAUUGACUCAGGGGCCAUGAGGGCGAGAGGAAUAAUUGUUUUAGUAAAAUCCAACUAGUUGGUCAAAAAUAUCGAGACAAAACAACUUUAGCUACCAAAACGAGAUUCAGCUGCCAUUGUUUUGGUUUUUAAAGCCGGUGCUUUUUGCUACUAGUGGGCUAUAACAUAUAGCCUAGUAGUAGCUCAACCAAUCAGAACGCAGCCUUGAUAAGAGACCCGCUAGUUGGAUUUUACUAAAUUAGAAUAGCCAACGUCUGUAAAUUUCGAAAAUCGGUUGAGAGUCUCGAAUUUUUUAAUUUCUUCCUUUUUUGCCCAAAUAAUCUCUAUACAAUCUUAGUACACUAAUUUCAAAAAACACAUUAAAACUUGUAACGGCUUCUUUUUUUUUUUGUAGAAAUCUGGAAAAGUCUAAAUCGGCGCUCUUUCGAGCAUGAAAUUAGCGAAAAUUGAGGGAUGAUUUCUCUGAGUGAAAUAAGGUCACAAAACACACUUGUACUUUAUAAUGGCAGUAUUCCAAGUGCACCCCGUCAAGAGACUUAAAUGGUAUUUUAACUCCAGUAAAGCGCAUGUAACAAGCAAGUUUCGACGCUUGUGGAGUAGCGCAUAUGGUUGGAGGACUGAGCAAUUAAUCGUGAGCAUUCAGCUGAGGAUUCAAGAGGAUUCUGAGGGGAAUUUCCUUGUGCCUUCUUUUUGUUAGUUUUUCGAAUCUUAAACAACCAUAAAGAGCGAAGAACCGCGCGUGCGAUUUAUUGGUUCUCGAUAACUCUUACCCCAUCUGAUUUCUUCACCAGCAGUCAAAUUGCCGAAAUUUUGUUCCAAAGUUGCGACAGGAAUGAGAAACAAGAAAAAUCCAAGUAAAAAAUCUCAAAAGUCAUUGACGAAAAUUGGCUGAAAAAUGCAACUAAUCAUAAGGUUCCUAGGACAGGCCUAAACGGAACUACAACCCAGACAAAUUCUCAGAGGAUGGCGAAAAUACUAGAAAUACGUGUAUCGCAGAUUCUUGGAGGAACGUUGUAAAAUCAGCGUGAAGUGCUGAACAGAGCGAAAAAAUGCACAUUUUCUUGUAUUCAGAAAAGCUCGUCCGAUUUUCUGUUACAUCAAUGGAUAGGGAUGCACUCGUGUUAGAGAAAUUCUCUUAUCGCAGAUUUUGAAAGUAGUGAUUUUCAGGUUUUACUAUUUUUGGCAUUCUCGCAAGGGAGUCUCGUAUAUAAACAUUCAGGUAUAUAAUUAUUCGCGUUCCCAGUAUUUUCUCCGAAAAAAUGGAACUGAAUCUCGUAUUUUCUCUGUUCAAUUUUCUGUUUCUUUCGUUUUUAUUUUUUACAUAUUUCUUUUUUUCCUUUUUCAGACUGGCUGGUUCUUAUUCACAGUUAGUGGAAUAUUUAUUAAACAAAUGCAGUAAAGUUGAUUUGCGUCUCAAAUGGCAAGUGAAGGAAAUAAAUUGGAAAGGUUAGUUAGUGUACGAUAUAUUUCGUUCAUACCCCAUUUCAUUUGAAUAAUAAUAAUAAUAAAUAAGAAUAAUAAAAAUUUAUAUAGCGCUCUUUCUAGAGGGUUUUCAACAGCACUUUCGAUGUAUGGUUAAAAAAUAGAUUCCAUAUUUGCUUUCGUCUGUCCAGUAAUAGAUCACAAAUGGCUCCAAAGUGUGGUAAAAACAAAGUGGCACACGAGCCGCAGGCGAGUGUGUAGUCUGAUGUUUUUACCACAUUUUGACGUCUUCUUUGAUCCGUGGUCGUCUCUGGACCUCAUAAUUGCGCACGGGCGAUGCGUUUCGGGUCACGUGGUCCGAGCGUUCGUCUCGGAUACGUCACUGAAAUACAUUGACCGAGAAAGGCUUGGGAAGACGCCGUACAGGGACUACGAAGAACAGUCCGAUAGUGCAAUUCGACACAACAUAGACCCAGUCUCACGCUCGACUUAAAAUGGCCAACAGGCGGACACCUCUCUAAAAUGUAGUCCAAGAGCAGCUUCCCGUUCAGUCUUCCACGUACAUCCCUGUCGUUCUUCGCUCUUUUUCUUGAACCCUUUCCUUAAUAGCGGAGACCCAUCUAAGGCGAAUACUUAGUACAGGCCCCAACGGGUCCGUCGCGCAGUGCUUACGGUAUUUUUUUUCAAUGGCAAUGUUGCUCUGUUAGAUGAAAGCUGCUGAGAAGUACUUUCCGUGGUGAUACCGUUUACAACCGUGUACAGUUAAGGGUGAACGCUUAGAAAAAUUGUAGGGCGACCUCGUUCCCAGGCUCCUCUCCUACUCGUUUACCGGGGCGAAUGGGUCGAGUCAAAAUGACGGAGAGGGUCCUGGAAACCAGGUUGAUUGUAGGCACUCCAAAAUUCUGGACCUAAGAUGGGUGCCCAGCCAACAGAGUUUGUCCAGAAAACUAAGAUUUCUCUGUCACCCAAGAGCAAAAGCGCAGCCCAGUCUGUAAUCCAGCCAUUGUGUCUGUAGAUGGAAACCUAUAUAACCACUGAAAUUACAUCCGCGUUGAUAAGAAGUUCUCCUUUGAAGGAAAUCUUGGUCAGAUCUCCGGUGAUAGACAAGAUAGAGCAAGCCCUGGAGAAUAUGUUGUCUUGAAAAACCAACGUGGUGAAAUGUUAACAGCCAAGUACGCUGUCAUUACAGUGCCGCUUACGGUACUUAAAGAUGGCGACAUCAACUUUGUUCCUGCUUUACCAGAAAAUAAGAAAAAGGCGAUAGACAGGAUCCAGAUGAAAGGAGCACUGAAAAUUGUUUGUCGUUUUAAAUCACAGUUCUGGUCAGAUAAAGUAAAUCUUAUUUACUGCGUGCGUGGUUUCGUCAGCCAAAUAUGGAUGUACACACGUGAUUCAUCUGACAGUGAAGAAAAGUGUCACGUGAUCGCCGGUUUUCAAACUGCUGAGCCUGCGGAACAGAAAUUGAAUCUCAGUGAAAAGGAUGUUUUGGACGGAUUCCUCCAGCAACUGGAUGAAAUAUUCGGGUGAGUCUAUAACAACGAAUACGAUAAUAUGUCAACUCCAUCUCGUCCCCAGUCGCUCUUGCUCUGCGCUCGUUCCCAUCAUCCCCCUCUCGCGCUUCUUGCUUGUCCGUGCUCCUCACUAAGCCUUUGGAAAGCCUGUGAAGGAGGCAUAUAUCAACCGCCGAAAGACAAAUUUAAAUGAAGAAAUGAUCAGUGCAGUUGUUACAGCAAUUUAAGCAAUCGCAAAACAUUAACCCGACACGAUGAUGCUCGAGUUCGACGCAAACAUGAAAGGAGUGACGGUAGAAUUUGGUAGCCCAUGGGAACAAAAGAACAGGCGAAAGUGUGUAAAUUGUAUACGAUAUGGUAAUUUCUGGGAUAAAGUAGACGAGUGUCCUCUUAAAACUGUCGUUUUUACUGCCUUGGGUUCAAAGGCCGUUUUUUCUCAGCUGCAGGGACCCCAUUAGUCCCGUUUUCCAUGUAAACCCCUUCUUUUUUCCAAUCCCCAUCUCUAUUAACCCUUCCUACCAUAUAGUCUCCCCCGUUUCUAUAGAGUCCACCUUAAAAAGUACCCUGGGUACCAGAGACUUUUCGUGCGUGGUUCCGGUUUCGGUCAAGUCUUUAUAGUGCCUCGCCGCUCAUGGCUUCGGCCCUUGGCCGAAGAUCUGUUGGCCUGGGGGUGACAUCGAAGCAUCCCUCCGAGCACGAUAAAAAAUACUCUGGUCCUCAGGGUAUUUCCUAAGUGGCUUUUGAAGUGAGUUGCUAUUUUGCAGCAUACAAAAUUACCUUGACUGAAAUUGAAGGAAACCUAAAAAUAAUUGUUCGAUAAAAUAGAAUCUUACCAGUGAGGUACUUUUAAGGACAAAGGUUAAUUCAGGAUGGAAGAAUCUAAAAUGGAUUACAAGCAACUGACCGGAAAAAUUAAGCUAUUUUUAUUUAAAGAUGAUGACACCAUACUGUAGCUCCUUUAACCCUUUAAGCCCUAAGAGUGAUCAGUAUCAAAUUUCGCCUUGUAAUAUCAGUGCUUUGUAAAACAGAGUGGUCGUGAGAAUUACGGACCUGAUCACACAAGAUGAAUUUGCUUGAUAUUUUAUCAACUUCUCCCCAUUCCUUCUGUAGGAGAUGAAUAGCGGCAACAAAUGAGAAUUCAAAUUUUGAUCUUACUUUAAAUGGUUAAGGUGAUCUACCGUUCAGCGUUUUUAUCUUUAUUUCAGUACUGAAUCGCACCCGAAUCCUGCAACGGACCUGCUGAUGGACUAUGUGUAUUAUCACUGGUCAAAACACCCAUUUAUCCGUGGAGCUUAUAGCUCACCUACUGUGCAUGCGCAAGGCAUGCGUCACUUGCUUGCCAGCCCUCUGCAAGACCGCUUGUUCUUUGCUGGUGAAGCUACCAAUGUCACGGCCUGCGCUUGCGUUCACACGGCCAUGGAAACUGGUACUAGAGCUGCUCAUGAAGUUUGUAGAGUUGAUAAACACGUUCAGACGGAGUUCUAAUAGGCGUGGGCCUAAAUGAAAUGUUUUUGGUUUCAUAAAUUUGUUUUGAAUUAAUUAAAUUUUUGGAUCAAAAAACAAAAUUGAUAUGGGCGAACAUUUCCUGGUAGACAUCUCAGUACGGAUGAAUAUGAACCAGGAAAUUUCCUCGACCAUUUCCUAGCCGUAAAAUCAUUCUGUUAGCCCUUUUCGGUCCUUUUACAGAUCAAGAUGACACAUUUCUCUACCCUUUCAUAUACCCGAAACCUGAAAAAAGGUACCCCUGUCGGGUGGAGCCUCCAGGUAUAGGCCAUUAUAGGAACUACCCCCCUCCCUCCGCAACAAUACAAUCCACCACAAAGUCUGUAUUCAUCCUUCAAAUCACGUCUCAUUAUCGAUUAUUAUUCCAGCCCUGAACUCCAUGACAUAAUAGUUAGUCCCCUGUACUAAGUAUGGUGACAUAAGGUGAACAUGCAUCUUCCCUUCGGGGUUCGGCCACCUAGGACGUGCAAUCGGGGGAAUUUCACAAGUCGAAGUAUAUUAAUGGCUACGGGAAUCUGUCAUUUCAGUCAGCGAAAGCUGCCUCGUCCGCAGUCGCUCGCGAUCACUUUUUGGUGGAAAUAGUAAUAAUAAUACAUGAUUUAUAUAGCGCCAUUUCCGUGAGCUCAGUGGCGCUUUACAAUAAUCGUAAUUCUAAAAAACUAAAAAAUAAAUAGUUGAGUUGUUAAAGAAAAUAUACAACAGUUGUAGAAAUUAAUUUCGAAAAAAUAAGAUACAACCGACUUGCUAAGAUUAACUAAGGA